AUGACCGAGCUGGAGGAUCUAAUCGAAAUUCACACUAAUCUCUGGGACGCCGCUUUUCCCAACUUCCCGCUCGACCAAGCAGUGGCUCGUUCCGUCUCUUCUUACCCAAGAGACAUUGCUCAACAAGCGAUCGACUCACUGGGACUGCGGCAGCUCCCUGAACCGGCAAUCAACGUAGAGUUGCCCCCAUUGCCCACAGAGAACACCUUCACUAUCAUGCCGGAGAACACUAUUCUGUUACAACCGCACUUGCAACAAGACUUGCAACAAGACUCGCUAGUGCUCAUUCCAAAUACUACAGCCACCAGUCAACCCUCUCAUCCUAGUGCUUCAUCCCACACACCACUAUCAGAACUUGCACACGAGGCCUACCCUCCUGCACACGAGGCCUACCCUCCGACUCGAGCCGCCUCACCAAUGAACACACCCUUUCUCCAGAAAGUCUACGAUUUUCAAUCGGCUGCGCAACCGGCUGCCAGUGACUGGUCCGAGCCGCAUGCUGCAAAAGAUUACGAUACGCCUCCCGGCCAACUCGACGGUCUCGGCGCGAUAAAACUGGAUACAGUGAUGGAAAUGAAAGCUGGCGCUGGUUAUAUUGGCAUGUCAUCAUUGGCGAUGUUGAUCCUUGUCUUACGUAGAUUGGUCAAGCGAGAUUCGUUGUUAUCGCCGCUCAACGACCCCACUGCCCAUGAAUUUCUUCCCACUACAAUGAAUCAUCAAUCAGGUCCCAACAUACGUCAUGAAACAGCCAGCCCACCUUCGCUUUCGGGACCUGCUCGUCUGCCUCGGUAUAUAGAGUUUCGUCCAUUGGUCGACUCCUUCUUCCAAUAUUUCCAUGCCAUCAUUCCGAUUGUCCACGAACCGACUAUUCGUGCUCAAUUGACAGGAGCACUGCCCUUGCCCUCUAGCGGCGGGAGUCGAGUUCUGAUCUUCAUGAUCUUUGCCAUGGGAGCCUUUGAUCAAGCUACCAGCGAGAACGACGAUAACGGAUAUCGUUACUACGAAAUUGCAAGGCAAGCAUAUCAACCGGAGAUGGUCGAAGAGGGAUCAAUGCAGCUUGUACAAGGUCUCGCCAUAAUGGCGAAUUAUCUACAACGAAAUAAUAAGCCUAACAGUGGCUAUGUUUGUCUAGGCACCGCAAUCAGAAUGGCUGUUGCACUUGGCAUUCAUUCUUCAGCCGGACACCCCAAGACCAACCCGCUAGAUGGAGAGAUUCGUACUAGAUUGUGGUGGGGACUGGUAGCUCUCGAGGCUGGAUGUUCAACUUGUUUUGGUCGGCCGCACGGGUUUGGACACGCUUCCUAUCUGCUCACUCGACAACCUGUGAAUUGCGACGAUGAUGACUUGACUGUUGCCGACUCAGCUCUCCCGCAAGAUGUGGAUCGCGUAGCACUCUACACCGCACUCGUCAUGCAGACGAAGCUUGCGAAGAAGUUGCUCCAUUUACAAGACCGUAUAUCUCGAUCUCUUCCAUACCCUACGAUCGAUCAGAUAAAAUGGUGUGGUGAAUCAUUCCUCGCAGAUGUUCAAUCGUAUCCUGCAUAUAUGCAACCGGGAACACCUGGACCGUUUCGCUUGGCAAGAGCCAUUCAGAGUUGGCGAGCGAGAGAUUUUGCUUCGAUACUGUAUCGACCAGUCCUUCUUUCAGCUGCCUGGAAUUCAAGCGGACCCCAUAACGCUGGGACUGCCUUGUCAGAAGUUAUUGAUGCCUGUCGUUUGUUGGCAAUGGACUCCCUACGAGAACUGCGUACAUAUGGAGGGCCGGACCGAGAUUUACAUCGUGGAUCACAAUGGUAUCUGCUAUUCUACGAAGUGCAGUCAAGUCUGACAUUGCUAUUAUCGGUGGUUUGGGAACCACAGCAUCCAUCAGCGGAAGAAUGGCGGACAAUGAUAUCACAAAGUAUCCAAAGGAUUCGCGAAAUGCGUUCAGUGUCCAAGAUGGGAUCGUCUUAUGCUCAGACUAUGGAGAAUAUUCUCCAAGCGCACCCGAGCCUUGAUAUCAAUAACGUAUUUGUACCGAUGCGACCACAGCAACAAAUUCAGUCACAUCUAGAUCCAAAUGCUGUCGAUUGGGACCAGUUCUUAAUCGAGAUAUUGGCUACCCAAAAUAUGACACAGGAAGAAAUUCAAGGAGUCAACUCAUCAUCGUUCGCGCAAGAUACGAAUGUUUACUCAGCUUAA